CACAAUGUGAUCAACGCACGCGUACAGUGUUUCCGUUUUUUCUCCAGCGCGCUCGCGCCGCGGCUCGAAAACCCGCGAGCGUCACGUCGAGGGCAAAACAUUGACGCACUUCAUUCGCUCUGUCGCGCUUGAAGCCCAUUAGGAAUAAUGUCCGAACCGUACCGCGACUGGAUCCUGGGCUCCAUAGACUCACUGAGGUCGAGAAAAGCGCGACCCGACCUGGAAAGAAUUUGCAGAAUGGUUAAAAGACGACACGGGUCAGACUGGGAACGAACCCGCUCAGAACUGGAGAAACUGAUAGAGGAGCAAACGGUGCUGAAAGUGAACUAUAAAGGCUCGGUUUCCUAUCGCAACGCGGCAAAGGUGUUGCGAGGUCGGAGGAAAACCGAGCAGAGCAAGUGUGCGGUAAAGCAGCCGUCUCCAGCGGACUGGAGCACCGGCGACAGCGCGCUGGGUCCCGCGGAUGAGGAUCAGAUGGAGGACAUGGAAGAUGAGAUGUCCACAACAGCGGGAAUGGAUAGCAGUAUGGAUGAGGAGGGUGAUGAGAGCAGUCUGGACGCCAUGUGUGCUCAGAGCACCACCGAUUCGGGCAUCAGCUUGAGUCCCAUAACCAGCAGUAACAUCAGUCUUCCUGUGCCCUCCCCCACUUCUUCAAAGAGCUCUCCGACCCAUGAUGCUUUGCGGCAGGAUGGCGACAGUGCUUAUAUGAUUCCUGAUCACACACAGCCAGCAGCCCAGCAGGGCACAGGAUCUCUGGAGUUGGGGCAGCAGCCUUUGGCCAUCUGUCCGUCAGCUCAGCAGAGCGCUUCUCAGGAAGAGGAGGGGCCGAGGACGCGGGAGAGCGCGCUUACCCCUGAUCCGCCGCUGUCGGACUGCAGAGCCAUGCGGGAUGCGGUGAUGUCUGACGGAGCGCCUGAUGUCGUCUCUGUUGCUGAUGCUGAGGAUGGUGAAACGUGCAAUAAUGAACUCAAGGGAGUGACAGAGGCAGACACCGUAUACAAUGGAGAAAGGAACGAUGAAACUAAUGUGGUAAAGGAGGAAAUUGGGCAGGACCCUUUGGAUUGGACCGUGGCUGAUGUAGUCAGUUACAUCACUUCUGUGGGCUUCCCUGAGCAGGCAGCGGCUUUCAAAACACAGGAAAUAGACGGGAAGUCUUUGUUGCUGAUGCAGCGGAGUGAUGUGUUGACCGGUCUGUCAAUCAGACUUGGCCCCGCCCUCAAAAUCUAUGAGAAUCACGUGAAGGUACUGCAGAGAAGCCACUUUCAGGACGACAACCGCCUCUUCUCCUAGAGCUUGUUUUCAUUGAACUGACUGAAAUCUUGAAAUAACGGGAGAAUGGCGCUUUAUAAGACUAGAUUUGCACAAGGCUUUUAUCAUCUCUUCCUCGUGAGGACAUACGGCAUGAUUCGGUCCUGCAGUCCGUUCUUCUCUUCUGUUUCGUCCUGUUUAUUCCUCACAGGGCUGAUGGGACCACUCGUCUUGGUGAAGCGUUCACCAGUAUUUCCUUGUAAUAUAAUUUACAGUGUGUCGCAAUACUAUAUGAACACUUUAAUGUCCUGUUAAAUGUGGUACGUUCAUCAAUGUUAUACAGCAGUCUUAAAAAGUACAUGUAAAGCUGUUAGGUAAUAAAUUCCAGUUUCAAUUUGAAACUGUGGCAUUGAAUCUUUUCUGUUAUGCAUUGUGACUGCCAAACAGCAUCAGGGAGUGAGUUACUGAUGUGUUGAUCUCAGCACUUCACAGCAAUAUCAUUUACAGAAAGAGAAGUCUUCAUUAGAUAGAGAUGACAAAUUUAGGUGGCUGAAUCGCACAAAAACCCGCCAAUAUUCGUUACAAAAUAUAAAGAUUGUACUUUUCUUAUAUUUUAAGUCUGACAUUAUUGAAAGGUUAUGUGAGAUUCACGCAGGUAGUGUAGUGAUUUCAUCAAGUCACCCAAAAAUUGGCACGUCAUAUAAAAGUGUUGACAUUCCAGAUACGUCUCGCUGUAGACUAAAGCUUUCCUACAGAAAUAGUUAUGAUUUCUACAUUGUGGUACUUGUUUGACAAAUUGUCACUUUGUUUUCAUAAAUUUGCACCAUUUUCUCUGUAUCCAGAUGUGUAUGAACAAUAAAGUCAUUUUUUUAUUUAUAA